GGAAAGAUCUCCAGAGGUCAGUUAUCUACCAUCAGACCAUUUGUGCCACAAAUGUGGUAAAAUGAUGUCCUGGGCAGAAAAUGCCGAAUCUGUGAUGGAACAUAUUUUGAAUCUUCAGAAGUUUCUUCCAAAUUUCCAAGACAUGAUUACUACAGCAGACGGUGCUAAAACUCACCCCACAAAAGGCAGCCAGUGCAACGACAUAGUUUCCUUCCUUAGUGGCGUCGACGACGAAUCAUUCGACAGAGCCUUGAAGCUGCUCCGUGGGUACGGUAGUUUGCCUGAACCGCCAGUGCCACCCAACUCCGCGUAUGGAGGUGGGAGAUCUGGUAAACAAGGGCAAGAUAAUGGUCUAGCAGAAGGUUUGCUGUACUCACCCAUAGAACCGAAUUCUAGACAACACUUUGGUACCUUUCCAAAAACAGCUAAAGGUGAUACUUUCUCCAUGCAACGAAAGUCUGAACGUUUGAACGUUUUACCGCCGAUAGAAAAGCCCCUAGGUGGGAAUUUAUUACGGGAACCAGCGUCUCUGGCUGAAGAACGACUGCUACAGGCGGCGCACAAGAGACAAACGAUGCACGGUGCCACAACAGGGAACCUUCAGCGGAAUUCAGUGUUAUUCAACGAGCAUUCAAUUUCAGGUGCUGACAUAUUGUCAACAAUGCCACCGGAGAGACGUGUUAAACUACGUCAUUCAUCCGGAGACCAUGAGGACAACACCGGCUAUGAUAGAAAUUUUAGGUUAACAACCAUGCACAAUGGACAGUUUGUAGACUCUCGCUUACGUCACAGUGUGAGCGGAGACGUCCCUAGACUUCGAAACUCAUCAUUACCAAAACAUUCAAAACCGGACUUAUUUAAAUCGAGAAAAACUACAAGAUGACAUCGGUUCUGUGUUAUAAUAUUGUGUCCAGAUACGUUCC